CACUCUUGAAAAUUUGUGAUUAAUCAAUAUAGUCUUAUAGAUAUUAAUACUCUUCAUAAGUUACCCGCUUCUAUCAUGUCCAAUAGGGAUGUCAAGUACAAAAGUCAUUUUUGAAAAACACUUUUGGACAUAUGCAGGCACCAAUUUUAAAUUUUCCUUUGCAUUUUAUGCUCAAACUGGUAAGAAAAUUCCGAUUGUAAACCAAGGUCUAGGAAAGUUGGUUAGUUAUUUUGUAAUAGAGCCCCUUGACACUUGGGACUUCUUGUUAUCUAUCAAGGAGUUUGCGUAUAACAGUUUGGUCAAUUGAUCUGCUGGAACUCGUUCCUUAGGGAUUCACAAACCCGUUUGACUUCAUUUUGUUGCCUCUACAUUCUUGUUCAUUAAAAUUUCAGAUUCCUUUGUCCAGCUUGUCAAUGAAUUUCAUGCUAAUAUGCGACAACAAAUUGUUUUGAGUAACAAAAUUAUGAAUUUAUUGCAUAUGCUCAUAUUAAGAAUCAUAAAUUUAUUAGAGGUUACAUUUUAAUUUGUAUGCAAGGUGAAAUUAGGGACUUGAUGUAACUAGAUUUUAUUUUUUGUUGGUUUUGUUAUUUUUGGCAAUGUUCUAUUUUUAGGGAUAUUUUAGUAUUUUAAUAUUUUAAGAUUUGUUUAAAUUUGCUCAUAUGUAAUCUAACAAUUCAACUUUAGAUUAUUUAAUAAUAUUGUGAGUUUGCAAACUCUCUUCCUCUGUUUUCUCACUCUUGGUUCUUGCUUUUUUCGAUCCCUCAGUCUCUAAUCUUCCUCAUUCAAUUUACUUCUCAUCCCUUCGUCUGUCCUCUCACCUCCUUUUACUAUGACAAUAUGUGCAUAAAUUACUUUAUUGAUUCUGAUAUGUAAAUAAAUUACUUGCACACUGCAAUUUAAAUAUAUGAACCUAUUAAAAAUUUCUUUUCUAUUCCCAAAUCUUUUGGCAAUCACAUGGAGUGCAAAAAUAAGAUUUACAGAUAGGUGCUAUCAGACAACAACUUUGAGGAUAUGUCACUUCGACCCUAUAAAAUAAAUAAAGCUGGCAUUAGUAUAACAUGGGUGGUACUUAAUCCCAGGGUGGACAAACUCACCUCGUUGAGAUAAAGCUACAAUUUUUUAUUGAAUAUAGAAAGAUCUGUUACGAUUAAGUGAAGAUACUGAGAAUAGAAAAAAGAAAAAGAGAUAAAAAAAAAAAAAGAAUCAAAUUUAAUGAAAAAAAAAUAAGGCAAAACCACCUUAGGACAUGACUCAUGAGGGCAAUUAAAUAAUUGACCCCAUUAUCAAAUAAAGACCCACCUUGGGAUUAAGGCAGAUUGUCACAAAGUGAACAUCAUUCAGUUUCAACUCACAGCUCUAGUUUUUCAACAGAAAUGGAAGAGACCAGCAACAGUUCAACAGGAAAAAGGUUAGCUGUGGUUACAGGAGGCAACAAAGGCAUUGGACUCGAGAUAUGUCGCCAGCUAGCAUCUAAUGGAAUUGCAGUAAUAUUAACAGCCAGAGAUGAGAAGAAGGGUAUCGAAGCGAUUGACAAUCUCAAAGUUUCUGGCCUCUCAGAUGUGUUUUUUCAUCAACUUGACGUAAAAGAUCCUGCCAGUAUUGCUUCAUUUGCAAAAUAUGUACAAACACGUUUCAAAAAACUUGACAUCCUGGUCAAUAAUGCAGGAAUUGGUGAUUCUGUUGUAGAUCGUGAAGCACUUAGAGGCUUCAAAGAAGAAUGGGGGAUCGUCAAUAAUGCAGGAAUUGGUGGAGUUAUUGUAACAGAUUAUGAAGCAUUAAGAGUCUUCAUAGAAGGAGGGGGUAUAGUGAGCAAUGAGAAUGCCCACCUAUUGGAGAAAUUCAUGAAGCAAACUUAUGAGAGGGCAGAAGAGUGUAUCAAAACAAAUUAUUGUGGAACCAAAGAAGUAACCGAAGCAAUUCUUCCUCUCCUGCAACUCUCCAAUUCAGCAAGAAUAGUGAACGUCUCUUCCCUUGUUGGACAACUCAGAUUUAUCUCCAACGAGAAGGUCAAAGAAGAUCUGCAAAAUGUCGACAGCUUAACAGAAGAUAAAAUAGACAAGAUUUUGCAGUGGUUUCUACAGGAUUUCAAGGAGAAUAAGUUGCAGGCUAAUGGGUGGCCUCUUAUAGCACCCGCUUAUAGACUUUCAAAAGCUGCCAUAAAUGCCUAUACGAGGCUUGUAGCAAGGAAAUUCCCUGAUUUCCGUGUAAAUUGUGUUCAUCCUGGAUAUGUCAAAACAGAUAUGACAGGUAACAUGGGAAACUUGACUCCCGAUGAAGGUGCUAGAGGUCCUGUAAUGCUGGCUUUGUUGGCUGAUAACAGUCCUUCUGGCUUCUACUAUGAUCAGAUGCAUGCAUCCACCUUCUGAUGUAAAAAUAGCAUGCAAGUAUCCGAGUUAGAGUAACCUUUGGUGAAUGAUAUUGUCUUGUUAUGCUUCUUAUUGCUAUUUGAAUAGGAUAUGCAACUUUCUUUUCAAUUCCGAGUUAAUUAAUUUCUACAUUUGUCUC